AGCCCCCUGUCACACCACCCGUUCCCCUCCUUUCACUGCAGGUCCAGCUCUCUUGCUCUUCUCAUUGUCUGAUUUUAGACAACACAGAGCAGCUCACAUGAGAGAUAUGCACCAUAAAUUACUUGUAAAUAAGGAAAAAAGCUGUGCCUUAACGCUGGAACUUUUAUAGAUUUUUGCAAGACRAAUCAUGAUGGAUGCAUUCUGCAUUUUCUGAACACAAGUUGGGAGACUGCAGAUGGUUAAAAAAAUCUAAAAGGUUUAUUUGUGGGAGUAUUUUUUUGUCAGUUUUAAUUCUAGCUUAGUUUUGAGCUGGAUAAGAACAACUUUGGCUGAAGGUCAGUGCUCGCUCCUGAUAACAUCAUGGGGAUUGUAUUUUGGGCGUUCUUUCUUCUGCUUCCUCCAGUGCAUCAGUCUGCCAAGAUUCUGACUGUUUGUCUGAUCGGAGGAAGCCACUACUUGCUGUUGGAUGAAAUAUCUCAUAACUUACACCAGCAAGGUCAUGAUGUUCACAUGCUCUUGCAGCUUGGCACCCCAGUGAUUACAGGUUUUUCCUACACAGCACGUGCAGACAGUUAUAAGAGAAGCACAUGGUCCUUAGGAGAAAAGUACAUCAACGAAUACAACGACUGGUUUCUGGAGGAACAAACACAGUUUUUACUGGGAAGGGAGAGCUUUAAUGGCUUUCUAAACUUCAUGGGGCACCUAUCAUUCCAGUGUGAUAAGCUGUUAGAGGAUGAAGAAAUGAUGACUUCUUUCCAAAAGGAGCGUUACGAUAUCACCAUCCUUGAUGCUUUUAACCCCUGUUCUUUCAUCCUGGCUCACAGACUGGGUAUCCAGUACAUAGCUUUUUAUCCUGGUCCUUUGAAUGGUCCUCUGUCCAUCAGUCUUCCCAGCCCAGUGUCCUACGUCCCAGUCUUCAGCUCCCAUCUGUCUGACAACAUGAACCUCUGGGGUCGGGCAAAAAAUUGUGUCUAUUUUCUAAUGUCAUCUAUAGGAGAGGAACUGGUGUGGUCGGUCUUUAAGGAAGUGGCUGAGCGUCACCUUGAGUCAGGCUCACCUCCUGGUGGGCUGACUGUGUUACACCAAGGAGCAGAACUCUGGGCUUUCAACACGGACUUUUCGCUGGAGUUCCCUCAGCCUCUCAUGCCUUACACUGUGCUGGUGGGAGGUCUACUGAAUAAAGUCUCCAAGCCUUUGGAGCAGGAUCUUGAAUUGUGGAUCUCCAGUUUUGGAGGGGCAGGUUUUAUUGUUGUGACUCUUGGAUCCAUGGUCUCUUCGGUGUCCGUAGAUCCUCUGCUUGUGGAACUAGUGGAAGGCUUCUCCAGGGUCCCACAGGCUGUACUCUGGAGAUAUGACACUCACAAAUGGCCCUCUCAUCUGAGCAGACCUCCCAAUAUCAGGCUGUUUAACUGGCUUCCUGUUAAUGAUCUACUAGGACACAAGUUGGUGCGUCUUUUUAUCACGCAUGGAGGUCAAAACAGCCUGCUCCAGGCAGUGUAUCAUGCUGUUCCUGUGCUGGGAAUCCCUCUGUUUGGAGACCAGUUUGAUAAUCUGAUAAGAGCUGAAAGGAAAGGUUUYGGCGUCACCGUCAAGCCCAAACACAUCACCAGAGAACUGCUCCAAACCACCAUUCAAAGCCUCAUACAAGACUUCAGGUUCAAGUCUUCAGCUUUGUCCCUCAGCAGGAUCCAUAAAUCCCAUCCUGUCCCUCCUGGGCUUCGGUUCACCCAGUGGGUGGAACACAUUCUGAUGAGUGGAGGGGGAGCUCAUUUGAGGCCAGUUUCACUAACACAACCAUGGUACCAGCGUUACCUGUUGGACCUGGGGCUUCUUCUCUGCUUGGGGCUUUUUGGACCGGCACUUCUUUGGUGGAUUUUGUGUAGGACCAAGAAUAAGACAAACACACACAAAAAAACACAAUAGACAUUUCAAAGAUUUCUUUUGAGACUCUUCAGCUUUACACGUCAGUUCUGAUUUAUGAACUGGACAAAUACAAAAAAAAUGAAUCUCCAUUUGUAAAAUUUGCAAAUGCUCAAUAAAUCAGCUGUUAUUGCUGUAAGUCCAUCCUUAAUGAAAUAAAUCAAAGCCAACCAAU